CUCCCCUACUGUUCGUUGUUAAUAGAUAUCACUGACGUAAAAAAUUCUCAUGAAGAAUUCUUAGUUUCCUUAUUGAUGUUUUCUUUCACCGGUAAGGUAGCACCCGUAAUAUAGCAAAUAUACAUCCGUAAUUUAUAAGAAUUAAAGAAAACUAUUAACAGCUUUCAAAUUAUAAAGAUACGAAUAACUUGGCAUUACUGGUACUAUAGUUAUUUUUCUGGAACCUGUUAUAUUUUGGGAUAACGUGUAAUGAUUAAGGUGUUUAAGGACUACAAGAAAGAUUUACAAAUAGAUGAUGUAUAAUUAUAAUAAUCCAUUUAUGUUUAACAUAGGAGUAUGCAUGUAGUUCUAAUAUGAAUUAUUAUUAUGUAUUCAUACUCAUUAGUAUCAACGAGGUUAAAUGUGUUAUUAAAUUAAAACCAUGUUUUUUUCGGCGUUGCCAUAAUGUCAUUAUGAUAUUUUGAAAACAAAAAGCAUGACAAACAAAUUGUAACAAACAUUUUUAUUUAAAAAAAUUGUAUAAAAAUUAUUUAGGUCAAAAAUAUUACUCUCAUAUUUGGUUGUCUAAAUUUUGUGUGAUAAUGGGUGAAGAGGAAAAAGCAAGCGGGGAUGCAUCACCAACGAAGGUUGAAGAGAGGAAGGAACCUGAGAAACCGAAGGUACCAGACGUGGAACUCGUUGUAGACGGAUUUGGUUUUAUGCCAAAAUCGAUGAGAGGUCCAAAAGGUACCGGAUCUGACAAAGAGAAAAAGGAUUCUUUGACGCCUGAAGUAGAAGAACCCAAGAGUCCCUGCGCGUCCAGUACAAAUAUAGAUAUUGUUAGAAGAUACACAUGGAGAACGAAAAACAGGAUGACAGUUCAGGUCAUUACAUACGGUGCUACUAUUACAUCUAUACAAGUACCGGACAAAAAGGGAAUACCUGAUGACGUAGUAGCUGGCUUCGAUACUCUAGAAGAAUAUUUCCAACGUAGGAAUCCUUACUUCGGCGCUACUAUUGGUCGUUACGCGAACUAUAUUCGCGAUGCUACUAUGAAUGUCAGACCUUCGGGUAGGAUGUAUAUGCUGACUACCAAUAGGAGACCUCACCACUAUCACGGAGGACACGUUGGAUUUGAUAAGGUAAAUUGGCACUCGUACGUGGACGGCAAUAAGGUUAUAAUGAGCCACGUGUCUGAACGCUAUAACGAGGGGUAUCCGGGUACUGUUAUGACCCAAAUCUCUUUCGAGGUCACAUGCGACAACAGCUUGAAGAUCGAAAUGCGAUGCACCACCAGCGAGCCCACUGUCGUCAACCUUAGCAGCUCCCCUUAUUUCAAUUUGGCUGGGCACCAUGCUGGCAGUGAUAACAUGUAUGAUCACAUAAUUACAAUCAACGCUGACAAAUACACGGCUGCUGAUGACGACGGCGUAGUGACAGGAGAAAAGAAGGUAGUCGGUGGUACUGCAUACGAUUUCCGGGUUCCUAGAGUUAUAAAAACGAUGCUACCGAAGAUACCAAUGGGUGGAUACGACGUUAAUUACUGCAUUACGCAAGGAACUGCGCAAGAUCUAACUUUUCAUGCUAGGGCACUUCAUCCGAUCACUGGAAGAGUUCUGGAGGUGUACAGCAACCAGCCGGGUAUGCAAUUUUAUACCGGCAACCUACUUCCCGAUCCAGAUAAGAUUGUCGAGGCGCCGGCAGUUGGGGAGGAAGAGGAGAGCGAAUCGAGCAAGUCUGAGAGUGACGAUUCGGAGAGCGAGUCGAGCGCGAACGGAGAGGAACAGGAGGGAGAGGGAAGCGAGGAGGGUAAAAAGAGCUACGGUUACGUGCCAUUAAUGGGAAAGCAAGGCUCUUGUUACAAGAAGCAUGGUCUUUUCUGUCUCAUGCCACAAAAUUAUCCUGAUGCUGUCAAUCACAGAAAUUUUCCCAGUCCCAUUUUGAAUCCCGGGAACGUCUAUGUUCAUAGGAUACAGUACAAAUUCGGUAUACUUUUAGGAAGAUACGUUUAAAAAGGUUUUGAAGAAACCAUGCUGUCAUUUCAACCAUUUGUAUGAUGUGUUAUGUUAUGCAAAAAUAAAAGAUCAAAAUUCCUGAUCGCUUUAUUAAAAUAUUUAU